UUUAUAUUGACGACAAACGUCUGCAUGCGUCCCUGCAGAAUGUCAGCAAUCAGCCUUGGGGGGAGCUGUCGUGUGUUUACUAGAGGGAAGAGGGGAAAGAGAGAGAGGGCGAAUGCGAUUGAGGGUGGGAGAGAGCAGGCGAGGGAGGGCGAGCAAGAGAAAACUUUUCAGUUUUAAAGAGCGAGAGGAAGCGUGCGCUGGAGUGGCGACCAUGCAGGAGGAGUCUGGAGAGACUGUGUGCAGUGACAGCAACGGGGUGGCAGUGUGGUUGUGUCCUCUGUGUCAACAAAGCCUACCAGAAAGGGGCUCCCUUGCUCUGCACCUGACUGACAGACAUAGUGUGCUUCCCAACUGUGUGGACAAGCUGCUGGACAUUGCUGCUCCCAAACAGAGGGCAAGUGAAGGGGAUGGGGACACGGAUGUUCAGCAUGGCGCAGAUGCCACAUCGUUACAACUGGCGCUUUUAGAAGCCUCCGUCGCCUCCAUCUCACACGAAUGUCAAAAUAAUGAGAACACUCAAGGACCCCAGCAGAAUUCUGACAGUAGCCACAUUCACAUUGGGACUGAAGACCAAGACCGAGAGAUGGAUAAGGAGAUGGAGGGAGUAAGAGACCCUGAGGGAGGUGAAGUUGUGUCGGAGAUGGAUCCGGAGAGAAAUCGGUCCGCGGAGUCCACCGAAAUGCAUGACAACGCGGAAGACUCCACGGAUAAAAACGGUGUAGCGGCUGAAAGCGAUGACAGCCGUCCGUACAAGUGUAAUGCGUGUUUAGAGGGUUUUCCCACCAGAACGGCGCUGUACGUCCACUACAACUCCACAUCCCACGUGCAAAGGAUGAGAACAGGGUCCAUGAAACAGGGCGGUGAACAUGACUCAACCGCGUCCUCAGUCCCCGUUUUGUCUCGGCCAUAUCUGUCAAACAAGCCCUACCAGUGUGCAGUGUGUCGUGUCUCCUACAACCACGCCAUCACCCUGGAGAGCCACUUGAAAUCGGUCUUGCACCAGACCCGCAGCAGAAGUGCCGGAAUCUCUGCGAACAAUGCAGCUGGAAAUUCAGUAAGUAACAGCGUGGCCACAAACUUGGUUGUGACCUCUGGGGGCGGCCCUGCACAGUUGGUUUGUACCACCACCACCACCAGCAGCAGUUGUGUCAACGCAGGAAGCCUGACAGCGGCAGCAUUGACUACCAAAGACGGAGAACCAAUUCAGACCCCGCCGGCUCCCUCGCUGCUCUCUUCCCCGGUGGCCUCUGCUCAGGCAGUCUCUGCCUUUCUCACCCUGCUCACGUCCAGCCCCAGCUCACUCUCGCACUCCCUCCUCCCCUCCCUGUUCGCGGCCAGCGCGUCCCCUGCCACGGCCACUCCUCAGCUCAUGCCCCAGCCUCAGAUGCUCAUGCCCUUUAUUCUGAAUGGGCUCCAGGCACAAAGCCAGAGUGUAAAUCCAGAGCUUCUGACCCAGUGUGUGCCCUUUCUCAAUGCUGCCCAGCAAGCCAUUUUAGCCCAAAGAGCCAAGGGCCUAGCGAACCCGUGGCCAGGGGUCGGCCUCCAAACAACCACACAGACCUGUUUAGACGACCACCAAACAAACGAGAGCAAAGCGAUGGAGGAGACAGACACCACAGCGAUUGAGGAGGUGGGGUCACUUAGGGCAGAGAAGGGGGAACGUUGUCCUGUGGAACGUGACGACGGAGAAGGAGGGAUUUGCGAUGAGGACUGUAAGGAGUAUGCACAAGACCUCCUUGGUGCUGUAGCAAGUAGGAAGAACAGGGUUGAGUCUUGUAAGACUGAUGGAGAGGAUGAAAUAAAAGAUUGCCCGAUGGAUGGAGGGAGCUCUGCAGAUCCCACGGAGGCAGAUGAAAAUGGGGGAGGCAUCGACAAGUGUAGGGACCGCUCGCCGUCUGUUACCAGCAACUCAAGCCUAAGUCCUACUGUUUUAAAUCUCAUGCUUAGCCCUGAUUCAACUCCUCAAAAAUCUCACGUUGGCUCAAGCCCCGGUGCCUCUGUCUGUUUCCCGAAAUUGACCCCCCUCAAACGCGUCCUAAGCUCUCCUGACCAAACACAUCCCCGUGCUCACUCGAGGGCUCGGCACUUUAGCCCUGGCCCGCCGAUACUGUCUGAGUUUCAGAUACAGGUCCUGCGCGCGUUCCUUGAGUCGCGCAGCGAAGCCGACGCGGCCAGUCCCCCUCGUGAGGACUGUGAGUCAUUAGGCAGGGAGGUGGGACUCACGGAGGCGGAGGUGCGCAAGUGGCUGACCGACGCCAGGAGCGCCAAAGAGAGGCAGAAGGCUGGGGUCUUGGGUCACGUGCGCAGUCUUGCCGCUGUGGGGAAAGAUUAUACUGGUCCCCAUGACGAAGAGGGGGAAGGUGUUCUUACAAUCGAUGACGGCGUGGACGACAGCGAGGCGUCCGGGAGUCACGCCAUGGAUCUGUCCAGUAGCGGGGGGAGAAGGAAGGAGAUGGGGAGGGAGAACCAAGGGGACCUGUGUCUGACCUCUGACUCGGACAAUGAAGAAUUCUACACCUCUGUCAUUGUGACUGACGAAGAGAGCCUGAGCGGCUCUGUGAGGGAGGGGCCAGGCAGCCCGGCCAAAGAGGAGGCUCUGGUUGAGCCAGUGGGAGACAAGGGCUCGGGAGGUGGAAAGGUGCUGCGCUCCACCACUGUGUUCCUCUCUGACGCUGAGGAGGACGACGAUGACGAGGAGGCCGUGGCGCAGAGGGCGAAGAGAAAAAAGAGGAAGAAGGAGCUGGAACGGCAGGAGGUGGAGGUCAAGAAGGAGAGACUGGACCCAGAGGUGGAUCUGGAGCUAGAGGCCCAAGCUGAUCCUCCUACCCACCUUCCUAUGGCUAUUGACCAUCGAGGGCUUCCAAGUGGUGUUCUGCACUCCCUGCCCCUUUCUCUGUCCCUGGCUCCGUACUCCAAUCAGUUCCUGAGCCCCUAUGUUCUCUCCCUCCCGCCAUCCGUAGUGGGGCUUGGAGUUGCCGAAGGAGAUGGGGGGAAAGUACCUGCUUUUCCAAACCCCCCGAAGAGCACUCGGUUUUCGGACCCUCUCGUGUCAUCACCCCUGUCCUCCCACACGUCCCAGUACAUGUCUAACGGUGGUGACUGUGAGGCUGCUUUAGAUCUCAGCAUUGGGAAAAGCCACAGUUCGACCUCCGCUUCCUCCACUUCUCUCCUGGUCGACAAGACUUCAGCACAAAAAGGCCGUCUGCUUGACGGACUUGGUUUAAGGCCUACGUCUUUCGGGGUACCUGGGGAAGGGAGGCUCAUCGUGGUCAAGGUUAAGCCUGAACAAGCCACUUCCAACAGCGCUGGCUUUGUCAGCGGCAAUAACAUGGCCAAGGCCAGUACUGUUUACAUGAGGGCAGCAGAGAGGUUGAACACCUCUAUAAUUGAGAGGGAGAGAGAAAAGGAGCGAGAGCGGGAAAGGGAAAAGGAGAAGGAUAGGGACCAGAAAGGCAGACCCAAAGCGCGCCGCUUCAGGGACAUGAGACGAUCCAGGACGAUCAUCCAGGCGGAACAGCUUGAUGUGCUUUACGGCUGCUAUUUCAAAGAUCCCAAUCCAGGAAAACAUGAGUUUGAACAGAUUUCAGAGUGGGUCCAUCUCCCUAAGAAAGUUGUGCAGAUCUGGUUCCAGAACAUGCGGGCCAGGGAGCGCAAGGGGGAGGUCCGAUUCAUCAGCGACGGCACUCUGGCUGCAGUCGGCAAACCACUUAUCAAGUUCACCUGGCCUCUGUCACAACCCAUCUUUUCCAGCUCCCCUAAAUCAACCACCAAUGCCAAUAGUAGUAUCUCGACUGGAACCAAUCCAGUAAGGACCCUCCCAAAGACUGAAGUGAAGAAGGAGGAAAUUGUCAAAAACAAAAAUCAAGUUCCAAACAGGCCCAAGGAGGUGGCCUCCUCCUCCGUGAGCAGCAGUGUGUCCGCGGUGCCAAAGACAAAAUUGGAGACCACAAAUAAUCUCACAAUGGUCAAAAUCGCCCCGAAAAACAUGGCUCCAUCUCUCCCCGCCAUCCCCAAGGAGUCUCGGCCUCCCCCUCAACGCCUCCCUGCCAAACGGACGCCAGAGGAGAACGUCGAGGAAGACGAGAACUCUGACGACAAAGCGGACGACCGUAACCAAGAGAAGCCUCUGUCCGGGCCUGGCUCCACCAACCGCAUGGUACCAAAACUGCCCUCGACGCCAAUAAGCAAGUCCCUCGCCGCAAUGUCUCAGAAGCAAAACGGGCUCAGCUACUGGUCGUCCAAGAGCCCCUUCAAGAUCAACACUCUGUCUAGGGAACAGUUAGGCCUGUCAACCCCCAGCACCCCCACGGCGGUCAGCGCUGCCGGCACUGCUCAAACCAUAUCUGCCGCGGCCUCUGCCGCCGCCUCAGCCGUGGCCUCCGCAGUCGCGGCCGCUGCCACCACCAACACGGCGAGCGUCGGCCCUCAGACCGCCAGCGCUGUCACGGUCACCAAGGCGGCCCCGUCGGAGGGGAGCUUCCUGCACCACUCGACCACCCGCAGGCCACGCACCCACCUGUCCUGCCUGCAGCUGUCCAUCCUGCAGUCCUGCUAUGAGACGUGUGCCCACCCUAAUGCGCUGGAGUGUGAGGCAAUAGGGACGGAGCUGGGCCUGCCUCUCAAGGUGGUGCAGAUCUGGUUCCAGAAUACCCGUGCCAAGGAGAAACGCUGGAGGCUACAGCAGGAGAAACUGUCUCCCGUGUCAUCAGAUCCCUCCAUGAAGGUGGACAUGAGCUCCGGGGGUUACCUACAGUACAACGCUCUGCGAGCCCACCGUCCCAUCCUUCCCAAACCGGUUCAGCUGACAGUCCUGGAGCCCUCCUCGCCCCCCGCCGUGGGCCAGCCUGCUGGCAGAGAGACGUUGAGAGGCCGGUGUGAGGCCUGCAACACUAGCUUUGAGUCCAGAGCAGCCGCAAGAUCCCAUGUCUUCUCCCCUCGGCAUCUAGCCACUCUGAGAACCACUAACUUUGGCCAGCCAGCGACCAUUGUCAACAACGGAUCUGAUACCGGGUCCAGUUCUGUGUCAGCCUCCGGGUCUUGUGUGGAAGAACCUACAGCUUCCCCAACCACACCCCCAGCCAGCAGCACCAGCUAAAGCACCGGUCCGUGCUGGUGAAGAGACUGGAACCAUUGGGCUCCUUACAUUUUAAUAAACACAUUGGGCACUGGUCCUUCAAGCUAAUAUUCUUUUACUUUCUGAUGUUUGGAAAGGCCCAAUGAAUUGCUACCCAUGCUCUCUCCGACUGGACAUCUUUCUACCGAGUUCUUGUUUCCAAACUGGACUCAUUUGGAUACAGACUUUGUCCUAGUGCUUCAUCAAGUUAUCAAAUGAGUGAUGAACAUUUACCAGUCCACUUUUAAUAUUAUCCUGGCCUUCAGUUCUAUUCCCCUUCGCCUCAUCACUUAAACCAUCCUGGUCCAGUCCAAUCACUCUUGCAAUACUCGUGUUCUCCCCUUAAGACUGUGCUAAUACAGAACAAUUAGGCCCUUAACUGACUGACCGCUAGAUUCUUAUCCUUGUAAUCGCUCCUAAAAAUGUUUUUAAACAGAGGACCAGGCACUUGUAUUUAAGACCAGAUCCGAUAUUACAUUUCCCACAGUUUACUCACUUCAAAGUCCUUUUAUUUGUCCAACUGCAUUCUUUAAGGCCACAGCUAAUGGGAGUCACUGUGACUGGGAAGAUUUCUCCAGAAGAAAUGAGAAGUGGCUCCGUUUUAGUGGCUUUGAACUUGCCGCCUUGAUUGGGUUUGUAUGACUUUUUUUUUUUUUUUGGGGGGGGGGGUUGACACAAUUGGAGUGUGUUCAGCUGAGGAUAUGUCAAUUCACUUGUAUUUAAAAGGUACUUUUUAAUUGAUUGUGAUUUAGAAUUGGCCUGCUAAACUGAACAGAUUAUCCCCUUCUGUAAACACAGGCUGUUGCUGAAAUUACAUCUUCUUGCCUAUUGAGUGCACCACUUUUGACCAGAGCACUAUUGCAAUUGUCCAAAGUAGUGUGCCAUAUAGGGAAUAGGGUGCCAUUCUGGGUAGACACACUCACUCUGUUCUCAUGACAAUCCUCUAUAGACAGGGAUAAGAGAGGCUGAAAAGGGCAGACUCUCAUUAUACAGCACUUUGAUGCGUUUUUACAUUGUAUGAAACGUUUUAUUCUUAAGCAUUAUUAUGCGGAGAGACUUUAUACCUAAUGAAAGAUAAGUGUGUUGGAUCUCGUAUUGCAGGUCACAUUAAUUAAAUUGAAGCAUUGUUUUUUGGUACUUGCAGUCUGUCAAAAAAAAAAAUCUGUUUGCUCAUUAAACACCAAACAAAAGACGGAUCAGACUUUACUUCUGUGCAAGUAAAAUAUUUGUCUUGACACUUCAGUUAUUUCCCAAUUAAUGAAUUCACUACUGGUGUGCAUAUUUCCUCCCUCUUGCUUAUUUGACCAGUUAUUCACAAUGGAUCACUGCAAGGAUAAGAUUACAAAAAAGUGCUAUUCUUUUUAACAUCAACUUCCUUCCUUUGGAGGUCAAAUUAAACCAACUUGACAAAAAAAAAACAGGGUUAACAUUUUAGGGGUUUCAUUUUUGUUUGUCUUGAAAAAGAUGUGUGGUUGCAAGCUAAUACACAUUUACAUACUGGGUAGACAUUCUGCAACAAGUCCAAAGUCACCAGUUGGGUACUCCAGUCACUGUUACUGAGGAAACUUUUGUAAGCAAUUGGGACAUGCAAAAUGUAAAGACUGCAAACAAAGGAGGUGCUGUUUUGAAGGACACAUUAAAUACUAAAUAUGUUUUCCUUUGGUUUAAAAAAAAGUAUAUUGUUAUUAAUAAUGUUACUAUUAAUAGUUUUAACAAAAUGCAAAACUAAAAAAAUGAACUUUUUUAAAGAAAUAUAUUAAGAAAAACUGAUAUUCCAAAGUUAUCCUUCCUUUGCUUUCUGUCAUUGAAAAAAAACCAAAAAGCAAUCUUGAGGUUGACAGAGAGCAGGAGAGAUGUUCUUCAUGCAAACUGUAAAGAAACUCCCAUGGCUUGACACUUAAGCCCGUCCAAGAUUUUUUACCAUGAGCUACAGAUUAAUACAUUUCAGCCUUCACAACAUGGGGCACUUUGAUUGGGAUUAAAGACUUACGGUUUAAAAUGUCCUUCAUAAUUACUAAUCUUUUUGUGAUAUUGUCAAGCUGUAGCUUGUGUCUAAAACGAGGACUGGGUUGCAGUGCAGUGCUUCAAAUCUGGGAUCACAUGGUGUUGCACUGUCCAAGGUAGAUAGUUUAUAUGGAGAUCUGCUUUUUAUUCUAAUCAUUUUUCAUUGUCACUUGAUUAUCACUUGUUAUAACUGUACUACUUCUACUAUUAUCAUUACUCUCAUCACUGUUUUGAUUAUUAUUCACCCAUAACGGUUGUAAUGACGUCUCUGCUCAAGAAAGAGAUGGUAUUGGUAUGAAUAUUGAACAAUAAUGGUGGCAGUGUGUUGUUAUAAGAUGUUAGAAUAUUGAUUAAGGUUUUUUUUUUUUUCUCCCUUGUACUUUCAUUUUGUGUUGGAUCUCCAUUCUGUUUUCUUUGGUAUACAGAAAAUAAAUAAAAUCAAUUGAACGACAAAACCGGUCGAAUUACCGUGUUAUAA